UUUUCCCAGUCACCAGAGAGGUUUGAAAGCCUACAGGGACCCUCACGAGAGACUCUCUAUGAAAAUUUCACACAAAAGGGCAAAUUGAGCCUUCAAGUCUCAUCGCAGUGUCCCAAGACGCUCCAAUUACCCACACUGCCCUCCUCAUCUCAUCUCCUCAUCUCCUCAUCUCAACUUAACGCCAUCCUACCAAAAUUUGAAUCUACUUCCCCAAAAAUUACCGUGUUAAUACUUUAAACUCUUUAAAUAAACAUUGGUCCCUCAAGUACCAAAAAAUUCACUUACAAACGACCCCAAACUUUCAACUUGAAUUAUGCCAACAGCCCAAACCUAACACAUUUCUUAAGUGUCUAACUUCCAUAGUUUUUCAUCCCCAGAAAUUUCAGUGAUUAUCAAAAUUUCUCAAAAUUUCCCACAAAUAAUCAAAGAACAGGGAAAAAAUCAGUUAAAGACGACCCUUCCACCAAUCCAAAAACUUUCAAGUUAAAUUCAGUGUAAAACUCGUAAGUGUUGUUAAGACUUCUACAGUUUUGGAUGCUCAGAAAUUUCAAAAAUUUCUCAAAAUUUCCCAAAGUGCGACGGAAACAGUGUGAAACUCUGAAAAUCCCAAGUCUCCCGGAUUUGCACGUGGAGUAGAAUCUCGUCUCAUUCUCUCCUCGGAGAGCUGCUGAACUUACCCGUUUUUAGCAUCUGUACCACGGACUUUCCGUAGGUAAAAGUUUGCCGGUUGCCCACUUUGAUUUACUAUCCAUCACAACCACACAACCUGUGGAAUCUCAAUCUCGUCGAGCACCCAUAAAACUUUGGAUUGAUUGACUGAUUAGUCGACACGGUCAUAACAAUAACUAACUAACUUACCCCCUAAAAAACUCACCUAUUUCUCUUCAGUGUAUACACACAUUGAUUGAACUGGGGGCACAAUGAGACUAUCAUGAACUGUUAAACGUUUUUUUGUUAAAGAUAAAACUGGAAAUUUUGUGAAUAAUUAAUUAAGUAUUAAAAUAAAUCGUGGUGGUCAAAAUGAUGAUGUUCGGGCUGCACCACCAAGACCUCGGGGGUCACCAGCCACGAGGUCCCAGUCUUAAGGAGGAACCCUUAUCGUCCCAAUUGGCACCCAGACCUUGGAUGCAACCCUCCAUCGUCGACCAGACCAAUUUGGGCGUGGGACGAGCUCACUUUGAGAAGCAGCCACCCUCGAAUCUUCGCAAAUCGAAUUUCUUCCACUUUGUAAUCGCCCUUUACGACCGGGCAGGACAACCCAUCGAAAUCGAACGCACAGUUUUCAUCGGAUUCAUCGAAAAAGACCAAGAGCCGGAUGGAGCCAAGACGAAUAAUGGUAUUCAGUAUAGGCUACAACUACUUUACGCUAAUGGUAUCCGACAAGAACAAGAUAUUUACGUCAGACUAAUCGACUCCGUAACAAAACAGGCAAUCGUUUACGAAGGCCAAGACAAAAAUCCUGAAAUGUGUCGAGUCCUCUUAACCCAUGAAGUAAUGUGUAGUCGCUGCUGUGACAAGAAAAGUUGUGGAAACCGUAACGAGACGCCUUCCGAUCCCGUAAUUAUCGACAGAUUCUUCCUCAAAUUCUUCCUAAAAUGCAAUCAAAACUGUCUCAAGAAUGCCGGCAACCCACGUGACAUGCGGAGGUUUCAGGUAAUCAUCGCGACCCAAGUCAGCGUGGAGGGCGCCCUUCUCUCCGUGUCGGACAACAUGUUUGUUCACAACAAUUCCAAGCACGGCCGGCGAGCGAAGAGACUCGAUCCGUCGGAAGAUUAUUUUUCUCUAGGUUAUCCCGUCCCGGCCGCGACUCCGUGCAUCAAAGCGAUCUCCCCCAGCGAGGGCUGGACCACCGGCGGCGCCACCGUCAUCAUCAUCGGCGACAACUUCUUCGACGGCCUCCAGGUCGUCUUCGGGUCAAUGCUCGUCUGGUCCGAACUUAUCACGUCGCACGCGAUCCGUGUUCAAACGCCUCCCCGACACAUCCCCGGCGUCGUGGAGGUCACCCUGUCCUACAAAUCCAAACAAUUUUGCAAAGGAGCCCCCGGCCGCUACGUCUAUGUCUCCUUGAACGAACCCACCAUCGACUACGGCUUCCAACGACUCCAAAAACUCAUCCCCCGGCAUCCCGGAGACCCUGAAAAACUUCCAAAGGAAAUCAUCCUCAAAAGAGCGGCCGACCUUGCGGAGGCGUUGUACAGUAUGCCCAGAAACAAUCAACUCUCUUUAACCGCUCCGAGAAGUCCCGCCGUUCCGAAUAAUAUGACCGGAUUCAACGCCUACACGGGUCUCGAAACCGGAAAUUCCCAGUGGAACGAUGAAGAGUACUCCACCUCGAUGGGUGGUGGGGGCGGUGGGGGCGGCGGGGGACGGGGCAAUAAUAAUAAUAAUAACGGGCUGGGCAACGGCUUGGGGGCGGUCAACGGGACGAACAAUUCCUCAUCGACGGGGUCCUCACCCAGAAACCAGGGCGGCUACGCGUCCUCCAACACGUCCACCCCACAUUCCGCGUACAACUCGAACGGAAACUAUUCCACUAUGUCGCCCCCACAUCUCACACCCUCCUCCGCCGCCAUCUUCAAUGCUGCUACGUCCUCUCCUCUUCGAAGUUGUCUUUGGUUCAAACACGCUUAAAUUGUAAGCCCAUCGUCGUCGUCGUCCCGUCGUCCUCAUCAUCUCGUCAUCAUCGUCAUCAUCAUCACAAUUUCCGUACGUAUCUUCCUCCUCAGGCGACAACAACGAUGUCAUGAAGAAAAAACUCAUCAAUUUAACAAAACCUCGUCGAUCUUCAUACUUCAUAAAUGAAUAAAUACUGGAUAAAAAAUAUACUCAUCAUCGUUUCAUAUCGUGUAAGAUGAAAGAAUUCUCCUGUAAAAUUACACCUGUAAAAAAAUACUUAAUUCGUAUACGGACCUGUAAAUAAGUCACGUGUCUAUCUAAUUAACUAGUCGUGAAAAAUAUGAAUACUUUUUCAAAAAAAUUCAUAAUUCCUAAAAAUAUGUAAAUAUCUACAAAUCCACAACGACGACUAUUACUUAACUAUCAAACAAAACGGCCAUAUCAAAUUUCAUCAAGUUAAAAUUAAUUAAUUGUAAUUAGAAAUUUUAGACUAAUUUUAACGCCAAUUUGUAAAAUUAUUAAAAAUAAAAAUACGACUGACAAUUUUUUUAAGUUAUACCUAAAUAAUUAAUUAAUUCCCCUGCCCUCCUCCCCCCCCCAAUUUUUACCACUAAAUAAAUCCCCCACUUACAAUUUAUACGUGCCAAUAAUAAUCAUAAAAUCCGAUCUGAGAUUUUAUGUCAUCCAAAAUAUUUACCAGCAAAAUAAAGAAAAAAUAAGGAACAAAUGCUUGCCGAACAUAUCAAAUAGGUUAAAAUUACACAAAUAAUUAAUUCAUAAUUCAUAAUUAUUACAAAAAAUUUUUCAAAUUUUAUUUACAAUUUUAUUUGAUUUUUUUAUAACAGAAUUUUUGUACAUUCAAAUUUUCUCAAAUUCUUUUAUUUUCUCUUACACACUUUUUUUGAUUAAUUUUUUAUAUUUUUUUUGUACUAGAUAAUCAAAUUUAAAAACAAAUGAUGAGUUCCUACCUCUAGUCUGGUAAAUAUUUACAUAAAUUUACAUAUUUUCUUGAAAAUGCUGUGCCAUAAUUUUAUUUCUUAAAAAUAAAAUUAAAAUCCCAACAAUACUCGGAGAACUGAAAUACAGAAAUUGUAAAGCGUUAAAAGUAAAUAUACAUACAUGUAAAUGUCUCAAAUCAGUAUUGCUAAUUUAUUUAGGAUUAAUUAAUUAGUGGAUAAAUUUAAUUAAAUAUGUAUGUAAAUUAGGUAGUUAGCGUGUGAAAUUUCCUUUUUAUUUUAGAGUCAGCCAGGUCAAAAAAGAGUCAGUUCGUUCGUUCGUUCGUACGCAGUUAGUUAAAUAAACAGUUAAAAAUAAUUGGUUGUUGGUUGAAUUGAAUGUGCAAUAGAAAUUUAUGUAUGUAAUCACACUAAAGUUUAAUGGAUGACGUAAAAAGGAAUAAAAAAUAAGACUACAAAAUGACCCA